UUAACGAAAAUGCACUUCGGAUUAGCGGAUGCAUCUGUGUGGCUAGUGUUGAUCGCGGUGCGAUUACAGCUCUGCACCUGCUCCAAGUACACCUGUACGAUCGGUUCGGAUGGGUUCUGCAUCUUUCAGGGCGUACACAUCGAAAGUCCGGAGCAGGCGGCGAACGUGCAGUUGGAACCGCCGGCGAUCGAUGUGACGCGCGUCAAGUUCCGCGACUCGAGCAUGUUCAUGCUACCGCCCGGCUUAUACAGUGCCUUCCGCCAGCUGCAGGAACUGCGCGUCUGGUGGAUGCACCUGCACAGUAUUCACAUCGAUCCACGGCUACUGUCGCUGGACGCGGAGAAGAACCGUAUCAGCAGCAUUACGACCGAUCCGGGUACGGUACCGCUGCUGCGAAAGCUCGAGCUCAACCAGAACCGUCUGCGCAACAUCGACAACAUUUCGGUGUUUGAAAAUCUGGAAAUUCUCGAGCUGGCUCACAACGAUCUCCGUACGCUGGACCUGUGCGUGUUUCAGAGGAUGCCCAAAUUGCGCCUGCUGGAUCUUUCCAGCAACAAUAUCGCGCUGGUACGCAGUUCUAUCGGGUCGGAAAAGCUUACCUCGCUGACAGUAUUAUAUCUGAACGAUAACCGGCUAACGUAUCUCGAUCUGGGCGUGUUGCGAUCGUUCCCAGCACUGGAAAAGGUCCAUCUCGCUAACAAUGCGCUCGUCUACGUUGAUCAUGACUCGCUCCCGACGAUGCUGCCCCGAUUGCGGGUCUUCCAUCUCCAGAGCAACGAUUGGCACUGUGAAGCACUCACCGAGCUGGUCGGACAGCUGCGAAAGACCGGUGUGCAGGACUUUAAAACCUUCAGUGCGUUCACUUGCAAGGAACGCAUGGUCGAAGGUGUAUGCUGUACCGAAAACAAACCAUUCUCGCUAGUGCGCAAAUCGAACCAAUAUCUCGCCAACUAUGCCACCGAACUCAAUGGACACACGCGCCACCUAAUGCGUGAGCUACAGCACACACGUCACGAAGUUGCACGGUUGAUCGCAAACGACAACUACACGCAGGUUUCACUCCAAACCAUCGGUGACGAGGUUGAGGAGCUUCGCAAUCAACUGACGGAUGCGCUGGCCGCACCGGACCCCGUGACGGGUCGCCCUGUACCACCGACCACGCCAAGUCGAACCGCACCAUCGGGCGGUUCCAUCAAUCCGGAGCGGCUUGUAGCGGAGGUGGCAAAGUUGCGGCGCGACUUCCAGAAAAUGGCCGGUGAGAAUCAAACGCUUCGCCAGCAAUUGCGUCAGUAUGAUAAGCUGCGACAGGAGUUGGAAGCGCUGCGAACGGAUACAACGGAGACGAAGCUAUCGUUUCAGCUGGUCAAGGAAGAGAAUGCAUUGCUGCGGCAGGAUCUUCGUCAGCUGGAGCAGAAGCUGCAGCAGCUGUUUAGCCGUGGUGCGGUACCGGUCUGACGGCCGUUAC